GCGGGCGGCGAUUUAUAAAUGUCAAUCGGGCGAUGAUUUAUGAGUGUCGAAUAGGCGGCGAUUUGUUGAUGAGUGUCGAUUGGUUGGGGAUAUGAGUGUACCGAGCGGGCGACAGUUGAUGAUGAGUGUCGAUCGAUUGGGAGCCCUGCCCAUGUAAAUGGGUACUGAGAGUCAUGCUCAAGCAUAAAUGCUGGGAGUCAUGCCCAAGUGAGUUGAUGUGGGGGCCAUGCCCAAGUGAAUAAGCAUUGGGAGCAAUGUUGUCAAAAUCGCGAGUCGGAACGUAGAAUCGCACGAUUCUACGCAUUUUUGGUGGCCUUCCGCGUUGCGUGCCCAGGCGGAAGCGGAAUCGGGUGGAAUCGUGCAGAAUCGCGUGGAAGCGUAGCGGAAAUCGUAGACUCGUAAGAGUCCAGCGAUUCUACGCGAAAUGCCCGCUGAUUUUCCAAGACCGGAAGGUCGAUCGCAGCGAUCGAUCAAACACGGGUCCAAGAAACCCUAACUUUCCUAAGUCGCAUCGCGAGCCAUCGUCGCCGCAACUGCUGUGCUUCGUUCUUCUUCAGCAACCAUCGUCUCCUUCACGUACGCGCCUGUCUCCUCCUCCCUGUGCGUCCGGUGUGCGUCGACCGACACUGUGACUGACUUCGAUUAAAGGCUGUUGGCCACGUCUGUGGUUCGCGAGCUGCUGUUGCAGAGUUGCAGUGUCGUUGGUGAAGCUGAAGCUGCGUGGUGGUGUUCUUGUUCUUCUUUAAUUUCACAAAAAUGAGUAGAGAAGCUAGUGUUGGUGGGUCUGGUGAAGCAAGCUCCAAUAGUGGUGCAGCCACUCCAAGCGUAGCUUCCACAACUAGUGGAACUUCAGAUUCCAAAAGAUUGGCAGUGAAUGCUCCUGGAAAUAGAUCUGAUCCAGGUUGGAAACAUGGAAUUGCAGUUGAUGAAAAUCCAAAGAAAGUGCAAUGCAAAUACUGUCAAAAGGUGAUAAAUGGAGGGAUUUAUAGACUCAAGCAUCAUUUGGCAGGAACACAAAAGGAUGUUGGAGCAUGCAAGGCUGUUAGUGAUGAUGUAAGGAAGGAAAUGUGGAAAAUUGUAUCCUCAUUGCAAGAAAAUUUAAUAAAGAGGGCAAAGGAGAUUGAAGGAAGAUCAAGUGAUUCAAGUCCUCUUGGCCAAUAUGAAGAUGAGGAGGUGGAGGGUGCAAAAAGACAAAGGCGAGAAAUUGCAAAGAAUCCUGCUGAUCUAUUCAAGAAAAGGGGUGUGAGUAGUCAAACUACCAUCAAUGGCAUUUUCAAGAAGAAUUUGAGGGAGGAAGCUUGCCAAGGGAUUGCCUCUUUUUUCUACAAUAAUGCUAUACCUUUUCAUGUGGCAAAAAGUGAUGAAUUCAAGAAGAUGCUAGACUUGGUUGCAAGACAUGGUAUUGGCUUUAAGCCUCCAUCCUACCAUGAGAUUAGAGUCAAGUAUUUGAAACAACAAGUUGAUUGCACCAAAGAAGUUAUAGAGCAGCACAAAGCAUUUUGGAAGAAAAUGGGAUGCACAAUUAUGACUGAUGGGUGGACAGAUAAGAGGAGGAGGACUAUAUUAAACUUCUUGGUUAAUAGUCCUAUGGGAACCAUUUUUUUGAAAUCAAUUGAUGCAUCUGAUAUAUCUAAAACAGCUGACAAGAUUUUCAAGUUGAUGGAUGAAAUUGUUGAAGAAGUUGGUGAAGAGAAUGUAGUGCAAAUUGUCACAGACAAUGCAGCAAACUACAAAGCAGCCGGGGAGAUGUUGAUGGGGAAGAGAAAGAGGCUAUAUUGGACGCCUUAUGCAGCUCAUUGCAUUGAUUUAAUGUUGGAGGAUUUUGAAAAAAAGAUACCAAUACAUAAAGAGACAAUUGCACGAGGUAAAAAGAUCACAACUUACAUCUAUUCAAGGACUGCGCUUAUUUCUCUAUUGCAUCAUUUUACCAAAGAAAAGGAUUUGAUUAGACCAGCCACUACCCGUUUUGCCACAUCUUACUUGACUUUGGGUUGCUUGAAUGACAAUAAGGGAGCAUUGAUUAGAAUGUUUACAUCCAAAGAAUGGAAAUCUAGUCAAUUUGCAAAGACUAAAGAUGGAAAGGUUAUUGAAAAUGUGGUAAUGGAUAAGGACUUCUGGAAAAGCAUUAUUACAUGCUUGAGGAGUGCUUAUCCUUUGAUCAAAGUCCUUCGUUUGGUAGACUCAGAUGAGAAGCCUGCCAUGGGGUUCAUUUAUGAGGAAAUGGACAGGGCCAAAGAAAAGAUACAAGCUGCCUUUAAUGGUAUUAAGAAAAGUUACUUGCCUCUAUGGGAAAUUAUAGAUGCAAGAUGGGAUAAUCAACUACAUCGGCCUUUGCAUGCUGCAGGCUAUUACCUUAACCCUCAAUUUCAUUACAAUCCUAAUUUUAAAGCUGACUUUGAAGUGAAAAGAGGAAUAUAUGAUUGUCUACAAAGGAUGGUUGAAAGUAUGGAAGAAGUAAAGAAGAUUGAUGCUCAACUGGAAGACUUCAAAUAUCGAAAGAAAUUCUUUGGUAGUGCAGUAGCCACUUGUGGAAUUGAAACCAAAACUCCAGCACAAUGGUGGGAAUCAUAUGGUUAUGAACAUCCUGAGUUGCAAAAGUUUGCUAUUCGUGUUUUGAGCUUGACAUGCAGCUCAUCUGGCUGUGAGAGGAAUUGGAGUGCAUUUGAGAUGGUCCACACUAAGAGAAGAAAUCGUUUGAAGGUAAAAACGAUGAAUGAUGUAGUCUUUGUGAUGACAUUCAAAAUUAGCCAAGAAGAAGGAAUUGAGGAAAGUCAAUGACUAUAGCAUUGAUGACCUAGCUUCUGAUGAUGAUUGGAUUGUGGAUGAUAGUGAAAAUUUAGAUUUGGAUGCUUCAAAUGAAGAUUUGGUUCCAGUUGAAGAAGGAACUGGUAGUGGAGCACCUCAUGAUGAUUUGGAGCUGCCUAUUUAUGAUGAUGAUGAAGUUGAAGAAGGUGGAGAUGCCAUAGAGGAUGCUGGAGAUGAAGAACACAUGGAGGAUGAUUAUGAAUUCAUGAAUUUAUGAAGCUUAGAACUUGACUAUUAUUUUUCAUGUUGUAGACUUAUAUGUUAUCUAAAAUUUGUGACUUAUGACUUAUUUUAUGUGUGGAUUGUAGAAGACCUUAUAAAUGUUUAGUUUAAUCAAAUGUUUAAUGUGUUUUUGAGGUUAUUAAUCUUAUCUAUGUUAUUUUCUAUGAGUAUAUAUAUGUUUAUAUAUAAUUUUACAUUUUGGUUGAAACUUACGAUUCGUGUUACGAUACUACGAGUUUACGAUUCUACAACUCCCUUCCGUUUCAACGUAGAAUCUCGAUU